GGCUGCAUCCAGUUCAAAAUUAGCUUCGAAAGGGUUACCAACUUGCUCGAAAAGUUCACAAAGUUCUUUUAUUUAACACCUUAAGCCAUCCCAAAUCCGUAAUCUUCCAAAGAAAUGGCAUCCGUACGCACCAUGAACGAUUACUACAAGAGGAUCGAGGCGGCGGACGACAAACUUGUUGUCCUCGAUUUCUACGCCACCUGGUGCGGACCCUGCAAAGACAUGGAGAGCACGGUAAAAGCACUGGCCAGGAAAUACUCAACCAAGGCCGUAGUUCUCAAGAUUGAUGUGGACAAGUUCGACGAGCUGACGGAGCGCUACAAGGUGCGCAGCAUGCCCACUUUUGUGUUCCUCAAAAAGGAUCGUCGUGUGGCCGCAUUCUCCGGCGCUGAUGAGCACAAGCUGACCAAUAUGAUGGCCAAGUUGGUAAAAUCCUAAUUCAAACAACGUGAUAAUUAAUGUUUCGGAGCUGGGCUCUCCAACCCAUAUAGAUUUUAACCCAAUGUGUUCUUUAUGUACUUGUCUAAAUCCAGGAUUACAAAAUAUAUGUAUUAUGUAUAGCUCGUAAGCGAUGUGGGAGUAGGAGAUACGCGUGUGGUCAUAAAAUAAGCAGGAAAACCUUGUAUGAAAAACUGCAAAAAACCUAACCUCAAUCAAUUGGUAAAAACCAUAUUUUCUAUAUGUAUGUAUUAGAGCGUUGAGGCCUGUCUGCGACAUAACCUCAACGUCUGUUUUAAACUCAACUCGAAAUGCCUUAUGGACAGUAAAAUUAGCUUUAAGGUUAGGCACUAGCAAUUCGAUCAAUAAAUUGUAACCACUCUGACUAUAA